AUGCAGCACACUGCUCAACCAAUGGCGUUUCCACCUUCCGAGAGCGAUGGUAAUGAUUCCACAUCACCAGGGGCGUCUGGACGACAGGGUAUCAGACCCCUCCACAAAAGGCGGCACCUAGACACGGAUAGCGGCCAUUGUAUGGUUUUAGAGAGCAUUGAUCCGAACUCCAUGUCGGUUUAUCGCCGGCACACGAAGCUCUUUGCGGCACCAGCCUCGUCCAAAGGUCUUUCACAGCGAGAGUUUAGGUGCUUGGCUCUCAACGUCCACCGGGUGUGGAAUGUCGAGCAAGCCAUCGUCAGCACAUUAGCGAAAGCCAAAGGUCUCAAGGUUGCCAGCUACAGCACUGCGGCUACCGUACUCAGCUGGCUACUGCAAGUAUUGGCCCAGGACUCGGAGUUCGGCAGCCAGAGACUGUGGGGUGACGGUUCGCCCAUUCAAGUCGGCUACGAAGUGACAGGUCGAAUCGCCGACUCAAGUCUCACCGUGGCGCCACGGGGAUUCACUGCGGCACGGCUCCCAAGUCCAUCCCUCUGGAUUUGGGUGUCCCAGAUGCUCGGGUUGACUCCUGUUGCACCAUCAAGAUGCAUUGCAGCAGGACGGGACUACGUACUCCGCUUCAGCUGA